AUGGCCGUGCCUAAUCCCGUUGCCUUCAAGCCCUUCUCGGUGACCUUCUGGACGACAGUCAUCUACCUCGCCUUGCUCAUCCCCCUGAUCAUAGUCCACGAGACGGUCCCUUCCCCGCCGCACAGUCCGACGCUAUACUCUGGCAUCAAUUUGACCGACGCGUGGUCCGACUUGGCCACAUUGACACGAGCCUAUCAUCCGUACAACAGUCGGAACAACGACGAUGUUCGCAAUUGGCUCUUGUUUCGAAUCGGCGAAAUCGUCAAGCGCAAUGAAGUGGACGCAUCCCAGGUUGUCAUAUUCAAUGAUACCAUCACCAAUGUAACCUUAACGCACCCCGCGAGGCUGCCCAAGACCGAGCAAUACCCUGGGCGACAUCCUGAAGGCGCUGGGACGUAUUUUGAGGGCAACAACAUCAUGGUGUACAUUCGUGGCAAAGACGACCCCCAGCGAGAUUGGUGGUUCGAUAUAGAUGGGUACAUUCGAGCGGACAAAGUGAUUGGCAAAGGUGGUGUCCUAGUGAAUGCUCAUUUCGACUCCGUAUCUAGUGGGUAUGGAGCCACGGAUGAUGGCAUGGGUGUCAUCACAAUUUUGCAGCUGAUCAACUACUUUACGGCCCCGGGAAACCAGCCCCAGCGAGGUAUCGUCGCACUCCUCAAUAACAAUGAGGAAGAUGGGCUUCAUGGCGCCAGAGUAUUCGGAUACUCCUCUCUGAUGCCGUUCUGUCACACCUUCCUGAAUCUCGAAGGAGCAGGAGCAGGUGGAAGGGCCAAUCUUUUUCGAGCCACUGAUCUCGAAGUGAUCAACGCCUACAAGGGAACGGAGCAUCCGUUCGGCACCGUCAUGUCCUCGGAUGCGUGGUCGACAAAGGCGAUUCGCAGUGGAACAGAUUACGAGGUAUUCAAAGAUGUGUAUGGCAUGCGCGGAAUGGAUGUGGCUUUCUAUCGGCCACGCGCUCGAUAUCAUACCAACCAGGACGACAUCCGCCACGCAUCCAGAGCGAGUUUAUGGCAUAUGCUAUCGAGUUCUUUGCACACGGUGAAAGGUCUCUCGGGCGACACUGGCAGCACGUUUAUUGGGAACCGUCGUGAUCGAAAUCCGAGGAAAGUCUCCAACGGAGCUGGCACCGAUGGCGUGUGGUUCGACAUAUUCGGCAAAGGCUUUGCUAUGUUCGGCCUGCGGCCCAUGUUUGCCUGGUCCCUUACGCUACUUAUCGUCUCGCCGCUCAUACUGAUCUUAUUCACGUAUGUCCUCGUUAAGCGUGACAAGUACUAUUUCUUUUCCUCGAGGAAAUCGCCUUAUGAAGGAUCUGUCCUGGACUCUGUCGUGCUCGGUGGGCGUAAGGGAAUGUUUCGCUUUUUACUCGCCUUUGUGGUUUCCGUGGCUUUGGUUGUGGGGUCGGCAUACCUGCUCAGAAAGAUCAACCCCCUUGUCAUCUACAGCCACGAGUACACGGUCUGGUCCAUGAUGAUGUCUCUAUUCUAUUUCGCCUUCUGGUCGAUUAUGGCUAGCGCCAACUUCGCUCGACCCAGUGCUUUACACCGAGGCUACGUUAUACUCUGGCUCUUCAUCAUCACGUGGGCUUUGUUGGUGGUUACCACUGUGUAUGAGGACAGAUUCCGGGUUGCUGCCGGCUAUGUAUUCGUUUUCCUUCAUUCGGCGGUAUUCCUCUCUGCCGUUAUUACGGUUUGCGAACAGUUUGCCUUGCCGACCAAAACGGCUUUCGCCCAGAAGGCGCAUGAUGAACAUCAGGCCCAUGACCACAUGGAUGCCGUGCCGCACGCGGAUGACCUUAUUGAGCAUAGCUCGAUGGGAGGUGGUGCUAAUGAUGUCGGUGAUGACGAAGGUAAUUCUGAUGAAGCCUCCGAAACUAGUCCAUUAGUUGGAGGAAAUUCCCGAGACAGUACGGGCACGACCUUUGGCACCAUCUAUCGUCGCUCCAUUAGCGCCAUCAAGGACAAGUCCAAGGCUACGGAAGAUCAGAGACACGAGUCUUUCGGAUACGAGCAGGAGUGGUCUAAGAAGUUACCAAGCUGGGUGUGGUUUCUGCAAUUCCUCCUGUUGGGACCGUUCCUUCUUAUCCUGUUCGGUCAGGCUGGACUCGAGCUUGUCGCAUCGGUCAACCAGACCGGCGCAGAUGGAAGCAGUCUCUUACUACCAUACCUGCUCGUGGCGUUUUUCACCAUAAUGACGCUACUCCCGCUGACUCCGUUCGUGCACCGGAUAACGCACCACAUACCCGUGUUGUUGCUCGUAGUAUUCGUGGCUACGUUGAUCUACAAUCUGGUGGUGUUCCCGUUCUCUGCUGAGAGCAGGUACAAGGUGUACUUCCGACAGACGAUUGAUCUGGACAGUGGCGUCUCAACCAUCAAAUACACGGGCAUUGAUGAAUACGUGCGUCAAGCAAUUGCAGAGCUUCCAUCGGCUUUGGGCAAGAAUGUCACUUGCGAGUCUUCGAAUCCAGAGCAGGCCUACUUCGUUGCUUGUUCCUACGAUGGUUCCAAAGUCAGUCCUGCGGUGGCAAGGGGAAACUACACGGAUUGGAUUGCACUCAACAUCACCCGACCCAAAGCUCCAAACCAGGCACGCUUUAAGAUUAAUGCACUGGAAACGAGAACAUGUGGACUACGCUUCAAUAAGGCGAUCUCGUCCUUCCAGGUCGUCGGAGGCAACAGUCAAGAUGAUCGUUUCGGGGAUUGGCCCGAAGGAGGUGUGAAGAGCAUUUUGCUCUACCGCCGCGAAUGGGACAAGCCAUUUACAGUGGACGUUGAAUGGGAUGCGCGUAAUGCCGAAUCAGGGCUUCGCGGCCUGGUGUAUUGCGACUGGGAUGAUGCAACGAAGGGGAAGAUCCCCGCUUACGACGAAGGUUUGCAGUACGCCCCUGACUGGGUGGCGUUGACCAAGGAGUCCUGGGGUUUGUUGCAUGGUAGCAAGGCAUUUAAGGUCUAG